AUGGUCUCUUGCUUUGGAACGGCCGUCAUCGGGUUGCUCAUCGGCAUCUAUGCCGGUAUUGUUCCUGCUGUCCAGUAUUACAUUGCCGACGACAAUCACAUUGCCAUUCUCGGUAACGUGGGCAUGUAUCUUGGUAUGGCCUUGCCAACAUUCUUCUGCUGGCCACUUCCGCUACUUCACGGACGCCGACAGUACAUACUGUUUGGUCUAACUUUGGCAAUGCCACUCCUUUUCCCGCAAGCAAUAACGGUGAGUAUGCAUCGCUCGUCACAGACCAGCGUCUGGAAUUGGGCACUGCUUCUACCCCGAGGCUUAAUGGGUGUCUCUUUGGGGUUUGCGAACAUGAAUUUUCAAGCGACACUGACCGAUCUGUUCGGUGCCUCACUGAUGUGUAGCAACCCGCAUCAAGAACUGGCCGAUCAUGACGAUGUGAGGAGACAUGGGGGUGGUCUUGGUGUUUGGCUCGGUAUUUGGACCUGGUGCUUCAUUGGGUCACUUGGUGUCGGCUUCUUGGUUGGUGCGGCUGUGAUUGAUCGAGCGUCUCCUGCCUGGGGCUUUUACGUCAGUAUCAUACUGGUUGCCGUUGCCCUGUUACUGGCGGUCUUGAUUCCAGAGGUUCGCCGCUCCGCCUGGCGACGAUCUUUGGCCGAGGUCCGAACUGGUAAUCGAAUCUCCAGACGAGUCGCAAGGGGUGAAGUCAUGAUGCAUCGAGUGAAGGAUGGGCCAAAAUGGUGGGGCCAAGAAGUUUGGCAUGGCGUGCUUCUCUGUUUAGAGAUGCUUCGCCAACCUGGAUUCGCCAUCAUGGCAUUGUAUUGUGCUUGGAUCUAUGCCCAAGUCAUUCUGAUGAUUGUGCUUCUUGGUUCACUUACGUCGAGAUACUACCGUUUCAGAUCUACGUUUGUAGGCACUGCUGUUUCGUCCAUCUCCAUCGGCGCACUUGCAGCUGUUCCCUUCCAGAAAGCCAAUCUGUUCUCGCGCGCCAGAUACCAGCCCUCGAAAUCCAACGCCUCAACAAUCGAUCGCAAGGUGACGUGGACGUCUCAUUUGGUUCGCCGUGCCAUUUUCACGAUUACGCUACCAUUUGCAGGCGUCAUGUAUACAGUUCUCUCCUUUGGUCCUCCUGUGCAUGUCGCCUUCCCGUGUCUGUUUACCGCCAUGGUGGGGUUUCUUUCAUGCCUCGCAAUCGCAGAAUGCAAUGGUAUACUCAUGGAGACUUGGGAUUGCUCUGAUUUGCAACCGGGAACUACCGGCCACUACAGGAACAAGAAAGAUUCCGGUAAGAGGAUCAACUACUCUUCAUUUCCUCGGGUUCAAGCAGGAUUUGCUGUCAUCCAUAGUCUAGGUUUCAUCCUUGCGGCGGUAGCAACAGUGGUUGGCGGCAUGGCGCAACGAAAUCUGGGCCAACGGACUGCAACUGCUGUUGUUGCCUCCAUUCUGCUCGCACUUACAUUCCUUCUUCUUUGCGUCCUUACGAGAUUCAAACAAGUUGAAAUCAUCCCGAGGUCAAAGACCCUGGAGAUGGACAGGUGGAUUGCUGAACGAAAUGAGACAUUUCGCAGACGGGCAACGGUGAUUGCCGAUGCAAAAGCUGCUGGCCGGAGAGACCUCAGCAGUAUUCCCGAAUUCGACAUUGAAAAGCAUCGCCGUGUCAACAUUCUGGAACUCGGAGCACUGACACGCUGGACCGAGAUUCGCAAGGCAAAUCGCUUGGUAGAUCAGGGUGCGCAUUCACAUCUCAAUCGUCGUGCUCUUGAGAUCGCUCGCGAAGAGCUCGGACACAGAAGCCAGGAAGUCCUUGAUGAUAUCUACCGCGGUAGUGUCAUGAUGACGGAUCUGGUACGCAAAGCCAGCAAGAGAAGUAUGCGCAGCAAGAACAGUGAGGCUUCUUCAGUGGAGUGGGAAGCAUCAGGUUUACCACCUCGCGAGGCAUGUACUCCGACUGGACAUGUUCGAAAUCACUCAAGCAGGCCAGGUACCCCAUUUGUGGAGCGAGACUGCUUCGUGGGUCAGGCAGUACUCGAAGAAGAGAAUCAAUCGUCUGCAGAUGGGGGUACUGGGUCAGAAAACCGUAUCCCCGUGAGGCACCGUUCCCCCAUGUACGCAAUGACUGAUGCGAGCAAUGACGGAUUUCAGAAUCAGAACCUCACCGGUGUUGAUCAUCGCCCUGGUGACCACGGAAAUGGCACGACUGUCAUACAUCGUUCGCAUAUCUCGCCCAUUUUGAUCACACGGCCCAACGAUGAGCGCCAAGAUCAUCACGACACUUGA